CUCGAUUUUAUAGCACAAUAUGAAACAGGCAGAUUCCACAGUGCUGCUUCUUCUUCUCCGCUCGUAUUUCUGAGUGCCAUUAAAGAGAUAUCCAAAUCGAAUCGGCAGAGCUGAGAAAUGAGAUGGUGGCGAUUUCAGUGAAGCCCGUCUUCAUCGUAGGAGUCCUCACUCUUUCUCUCGUCCUCGCCGUCCUCCUCUUAUCGUCCCCCACUUCCCCCUUCUACAGAACCCCUCUCUUUCUCAAUUCACCCAUGAGCAAAUUGGAUAUAUGGAGUGUUGGGAGGAUGGUAGAAUGGAGACCUUGCAAGUGGUGGCUACAAGGACACCUCACUGCUCUGCCAUCAAGGAGUAAUGGAUUCAUUCGAGUGGAUUGCUAUGGGGGCCUUAAUCAGAUGAGAAGAGAUUUAUGUGAUGGUGUUGGUAUUGCCCGUCUUUUAAAUGCAACCCUGGUUCUGCCAAAGUUUGAGGUGGCUGCUUAUUGGAACGAAUCUAGUGGUUUUGCAGAUGUCUUUGAUGUUGAUUACUUCAUUCAACAGUUGAAUGGAUUCAUCAAGGUUGUCAAAGAGCUACCAUCAGAGAUUGCAUGGAAAGAACCUGUCCAUGUAGAUUGUAGCAAACGAAAAGGCCAAUUUGAUUACAUUGAAAGUGUUCUUCCAGCCCUGUUAGAGCAUCAUUAUAUUUCAAUUACACCAGCAAUGAGCCAAAGACGGGAUAGGUAUCCUCAGUAUGCAAAAGUUUCACUUUGUCAAGCUUGCUACAGUGCAUUACGCCUCACUAAAUCCUUGGAGAAGAAGGCCUCCGAGCUUCUUGAAGCCAUACCCAAACCUUUCCUCUCACUUCACCUUCGUUUCGAGCCUGAUAUGGUAGCUUACAGUCAAUGUGAAUAUCCAUACCUUUCUCCUUCGUCCAUUGAAGCCAUUGAGGCAGCCCGAGGAGAUAGAAAACCAUGGACUGGAGAGCUUGCCCAGAUUUGGAGGAAACGAGGGAAAUGUCCUCUUACGCCUAAUGAGACAGCCUUCAUACUCCAAGCGCUAUCCAUCCCAACGAACACAAAUAUUUAUCUGGCAGCUGGGGACGGUCUGAUGGAAAUUGAAGGGUUAACGUCUGUAUACACAAAUGUAGUUACCAAGUCUAGCCUUCUUAGCGGUGAGGAUUUCAAAAGCAUGCAUGGGAACACGAAAGCAGCUUUGGAUUACUACGUGUCGAUUAAUAGCGAUUCAUAUAUAGCAACAUAUUUCGGAAAUAUGGAUAAGAUGGUUGCAGCAAUGCGAGCUUUUAAGGGCAUGUACAAGACGCUUUUCUUAAGCAGAAGAGCUUUUGCAGAGUUCACUUCUCAAGGUUUGAGCGGGAAGGAAUUGACGGAAGCUCUAUGGAAGGCCCACAGAGAUGAUUUUGUCAUGGGGAAAGGAUCUGCUUUGCCGGAUUGCUUUUGUGAGUUCAAGUUAUGAUUUCUGAUGUCAAUUUGAUCUUUGCUUUUCCUUGUAUUGUAUUGUAUUGUAUUUUCCCCCUUAAAUUCUUUUUUGUAACUGCUAUUAUUAAUAAUUGAAUGUUAUUGGACCCACCGCAUUGUUCUA